ACAAGUACACAAACGCCAGUCGACCGGGUCAAAACCUCCACUUGAGGGUGGUGCGUAAGAGUUGGUCGAGGUGUAAGAGGAUGUAAUGUCGUAGGGGUAAUAUGUAGGUGUAGUCCACAGGCGGCAGGCGCCAACAGCGUGACGCGCCAAGGCACGAGGGGGAGCGUGCCCCCAGCUUUGCCCAUGACUGUACUGUAGAGGUCGCCUAAACUAGCCCGAUGCUGCCGGGACCGCCCGGAAGAUGCACACUGAGUGGUGGUAAUCUGGCCCCUUCGACGAACGACCCUCAGGCCUCGAGACAAGCCUUUUCCAAGAGUACCAAGAGUGUCCAUCUCGCCCUUCCGCAACGGCAUGACAUAGAAGACGUUUUCAGAUGAGGCGCAAGACACGGGGAGCUAUAGUUAAUAUCGCUCUCUUCUGCGGCGUUCUCUUGGUCAUCUUGUAUCUCAAUGGUGGCGGCUCAUCGAGCAAGUCCUUCGCAUGGAGGACGAUCCGCUACAAGUCUUCCUCGACAUCUGUGCCCAAGUCUCGAGGCAUAUGUCCAGGCCUAGCAGGUACAACUAAGCCGGCCCUCGUGGUGGCUAGAGUGGCAGCUGACGGCGACACCAAAUGGCUUGAUACAUUGUCCGACAAGUACCACCUUUGUAUCUACACAGCGGACCUUCCAAUCGAUGCGACUUCGACACACCUUCAAGUCCCGGAGAACAGAGGUCACGAGGCUAUGGCAUACUUGACCUUCAUCAUCGAUAACUAUUACUCUAUCCCCUCCGCUGGAGCAGUGUUCGUGCAUGGCUCACGAUGGUCGUGGCAUAACGAUUCGCCGGACUACGACAACGCCGCAUUGCUUGCCGCGCUGAACCUGUCCGCGGCACUUGCUCCCUGGGGUUACCAUAAUCUCCGCUGCGACUGGAGCGCCAGUACGUGCCCUGCCUCGGAUCAAAAUGCACAAGGCAGUUUGGGCACAUCAAUCAAUGCCUUGAUCGAACCCUGGAACCAGCGCCUAGUGUCCGACGCAGCCCUGCCUCACGCUCUUGUGGGUCUUUUCGGCAGUGGUGACAGCACUCAGGAUCAAGGACAACUCCUUCUCGGACGGAACGACGCCAUUCGGUCGCAGUGUUGCGCACAGUUUGUCGUCUCUCGCGAAAGUGUGCGGCAGCAUUCGCGUGAUGAGUAUGUUGCUUUGCGGCAAUGGCUGCUUGAUGGAAGUAGUUCGAAAGUCCAGACUUCACGGCAGAGCAAUGCUGCACAUCCAGAUGAUCGUAUUGCUGGGCGGAUACUGUCCUACGUGUGGCAUAUUCUAUUCCUGCAGCACGGGGAAACAAGUGGUAACAUAAUGCCAAAUGCCAUGGACGGUCACAUCGAUCUCAAGAAGCUGAAUUACCUAGCAUGUCCCGCCGCAGAGGAAUGCUAUUGUCGAUUGUACGGGAGGUGCAAUCUUGAUCGUUGCAGUGCAGGUCAUUGCGUUGGUCAAUAUGAAAUACCACCUGGUUUCCGACUACCGGCGGAUUGGGCAGCGACUCAUUCGUGAGGCAUGCCAGGAAUGCUUCCAUCAUUGUGACAUUCUGAUGGUCUUUUUAAAGCUACAGUGGUCUCUCGCGUAACGCCUGGACGUCUAUCUAUAUCAGAUGAUUGGCAUGCAGGAGCUCCCCAAUCUCAUUGUCAAGUCUCCGCACAACCCAAUUGCGCAGAAAUUCGGGCAGUGGUGCAUCCAGCUCUUUUCCAUCCCGGAGGUGGCUUGUCGCGGCAAGCAGUGUGCGAACAUCAUAAGUCGAGUUGAACACCUCUGGUACUCCUCGUUCGACAUUAAGCAGUUGGUACACAGCCUCCAUGGCCGUCCGGGUGGCGUACUCGAUCGUGAAGAUACAAUCUCGAGUCGACUCAGCGAAUUGACCUAUGAAAGCGAAGUUGACAGAGCCGUCAG